CCCAUCCGAACCUCGGGGGAAGUGAAAUCAUCCCUGGACGAGACGUGGAGAAAUCCCCCGGCUAUGCUCUGAGAGCUGCUGCUGGUCGGUUACUGCUGGCGGUUAUUCUUGCAGCGAAUCGCCGGUGCUAUAAGAUGCUGUCAGUCCAUGGUUUCUUUCGGCCCUGGAUUUGCUGGAGCUCCUGUUGACUUUCUAGCUGUCUGGAUUUGAAGUCACCAUCUCUUGCUUCUCUUCCCCCUUGAUUUACUACUUACUACUAAUCUCCAUUCCUCGCUUCAAACUCCCAUCCACAUUUUUUUCCAGUCUGCUAGAAAUUCAUUUUCCAUUCUCUUCCCUUUUUCUCACCUCUCAUCCAAGCGUUGCUCAUUACUCCGACCAUCGCAUUUGUCCCAUCAUCACAUCAUGUUCUGGGGAAAGCAUCACGACGACACGCCCGAAGCGGCCCAACAACCGCCCAUUCCUCGCAAAAAGCUCCCUUCACAUUUGCAAAGACUAGCCGACAACGACGACAGUUUCUACGAUGACAUCUAUUCCUCAUACUCCGUAGACUCCACCGAAACCCCCUACCGCUACGCCGGAUACGCCAACCGACUCCGCACCGUCUUACUCUCCGCCCACCGCUACGUCGCCUACACCUCCGACAUAGGCGAAUCCUUUCGCCCCGUGGCGCACCCCUGGCUAGUGCGAUCCGCCUACGGCAUUUCCUGGACCUAUCUAAUUGGCGAUGUCGCCCACGAAGGCUACAAAGCCUACCUCCGCAAUCGCCGCGUCCUAGCGCCUCCCUGCGAGGCCUACAAAGAUGCCAGCGACCUCACCCACGAGCAAGUCGCCAAGGGCAUGGUAACCGGCAACAUCGCCGGCUCUUUAACAGGCAGUAGCAGCAGCGAUACGCUGAUGCCAUGGCCCACGACUCACGUUCCCCUGGCUGAGGACUACCGCACCGUCAUGGCCCAGCGCGCCGUGUUCCAAGGUAUCGCCAGUAUGGGUCUUCCGGCCUUUACCAUUCACUCGGUGGUCAAGUACUCUGGGCGCAUGUUGAAGAAUUCCCGGAGUGUCUUUUUCCGUACUUGGGCGCCUAUUGGGCUCGGUCUCUCCGUCGUGCCUUUCCUCCCCUACCUAUUCGACAAACCCGUCGAAGAGGCCGUCGAAUGGGCCUUCCAUACCGGACUCCGUGCGUAUGCCGGUGAAGAUGCCGUCCGUCCGUUGCCUCAGGCCGUGAGGACACCUCAUGACGAGGAGACCUCUCUGAGCCACUUCCUUAAGUUCCAGGCUGAGAAGAAUAACGGCGAGGUCAUGGGCUACGAUGCUAAUGUCUCCUGGGAGAACUAUAAGGAGGAACGCCGUCGAGCGAAGGAGCAGCGCAUGCAAGAGCGUGAGCAGCGCGGCGAGAAGGGCCCGUUGGCGUUGUUGGGUUUCGGGUCGAAUUCGAAAGAGAAGAAUGAGUGAUUGAGUGAUUGAUUGAUUUUCUUUCUAUACCUUUAUUUCUUUAUCCCCCUCUUUUUAGCUCGGUUUUUUUCUUAUGUCAUUGGCGAUGGAGGGAUGGACGGAUGGAUGGAUGAAAUGGUUUUUUCUGACUUUCUUAUCAUUCGCCUCUCUCUCCGCUGCAUUUCUGUACUGUACAUAAUAAUUGUCUCUUAGCGUUUUUUCUGCUCUCCUUUCAGCCAAACAUCAUCAGUCAUCAUCAUUAUCACGAACCACAUCAUUCAAGGGCCAGGUCAAACACAUUACUUCCUACUCAAUGGUCCUCCGCAUUUGCCUAUCAACAGAAACAAUCCCUACCUAGGUACCUCUUCAAAAUACCUUCACACCUCAAAGCAG